AAGGCCCAGUCCAAAUGUAAAAGAGCCCUGAUUUUAUCCAUUAUAAUAGCUUCCAGAUUAGGGUUUUGGGAUUCUUUCUUUUUUCCUACCGUCGUCUGUAGCUGCUUGUGUAUUUUCACGCCCCUGUAUCGUCUUCCAAACUCUCAAGCGCAGCCAUGAUUAUACCAGAGAAGAAUCGCAAGGAGAUUUGCAAGUACCUUUUCCAAGAGGGUGUUUGCUAUGCUAAGAAAGACUACAACCUUGCUAAGCACCCAGACAUCGAUGCCCCCAAUCUACAAGUAAUUAAGCUUAUGCAGAGCUUUAAAUCAAAAGAGUAUGUCCGGGAGACUUUUGCUUGGAUGCACUAUUACUGGUACUUGACUAAUGAUGGUAUUGAGUUCUUGAGGACAUAUCUUAACCUCCCAUCAGAGAUUGUCCCUGCUACCUUGAAGAAACAAAUGAAGCCUGGUGGUCGUCCCAUGGGUCCUCCUGGUGACCGCCCACGUGGCCCACCUAGAUUUGAUGGCGAUCGCCCAAGGUUUGGUGAUCGUGAAGGGUACCGUGCAGGUCCUCGUGGACCACCAGGUGAAUUUGGUGGUGAGAAGGGUGGAGCUCCUGCAGAUUAUCAGCCUUCAUUUGGGGGUGGCAGGAGGCCUGGAUUUGGUCGUGGUGCUGGAGGAUUUGGUGGUGGUGCGCCAGAUGCCCCUGGUGCUUCAGGUUCUUUUGCCUAGGUUCAUAGAGAGACUUUUGUAUGGACGGAAAUCAUGUUGGAUCAUUUUAUUGCUAUUUCUAUUAGGGUAUAACAGUACGUUUUCAAGUGUUAUUAGUUGUGAUCUAUGUUUUGUAUUCUGCUUUUUUUCUUGUGAAACAUACAAAAGCUAGUAUAAUCAUAGCUAUUGGCAUCUCUUUUUUGAAACC